GGGGCAGGAAGGGGCGGGCCGGGCCGCGCCAGGCCGGGAGGGCUGUGGCUGCACGCACCGCCCGCGGCGGCAUGGGGGGCCCGAGGCGGCUGCUGCUGGUGUCCAACUCCACCCUGCACGGAGGGGGGUACCUGGGCCACUGCCAGGAGCACAUCAAGAGCUUCCUCGGGGAGAAGGUGAAGCGGGUGCUGUUCGUUCCCUACGCCCUGCACGACCGCGAUGCCUACGCCCGGACCGCGAGGGCGAAGUUUGAAAGCUUGGGUUAUGGGCUGGACAGCAUUCAUGAGUCUUGUGAUCCAGUGGAAGCUGUAAGGAAAUCUGAAGCAAUAUUUAUUGGAGGUGGGAACACAUUCCGUCUCCUGAAAGCUCUCUAUGACAACAGUCUGAUACAGGAGAUCAGGAAAAGAGUUCUUGAGGAUGGGAUUCCUUACAUGGGAUCCAGUGCAGGAACUAAUGUUGCUACCAUCAGCAUCAAUACUACCAAUGACAUGCCAAUUGUUUAUCCACCUUCCCUGCAGGCCCUAGGCUUAGUUCCUUUUAAUAUUAACCCUCACUACCUGGACCCAGAUGUUAAAAGCAGUCACAUGGGUGAGACAAGAGAGGAAAGAAUUCGCCAGUAUCAUGAAGAACCAAACACGCCUCCAGUUCUGGGCUUGCGGGAAGGUGCAAUGCUGCUAGUGGAAGGAGACAAAGCCACCUUGCAAGGAGUGACAGGAGCACGUCUGUUUUUGAGGGGUAAGAAACCAACUGAACAUGAGCCUGGAACAGAUUUCAGUUUCCUCCUGAAUGACAGUAACUUCCAGAAUCUGUAGCCUUGCAUAUUCUGCAGCAAAAGUCACUAAAUGGGGAGACAAUGAGGAGAAAGGGAAGAGAUCCUUCUAGUCCCAGGGUGGGUAGAGAACCUUACCUUUAUAAAUAAAGAUAAAUAUGCAUUAGUAGGCUCUUUUCCCCACCCUAAUUCAUGUCUGAGACAUCACUCUUUCCCAGCAAAAAGACAAUUUUUAUUGCAAUACCUGAGUAAUCAUAGCUAUUCUUAGUCUGAAAGGAUCUGUAUAUUUAUUUAUCCACUUUGAUUCCUUUCCCGCCAAAACCAAAAUUUAACACAAUUAAGACAGGACACAGAGUCAGCUAUUCCUGCUGCCUCGCUUUACCUGCUAAAUUAAAGAGUUGUUAGUUUAGUGUACUCCCACACUGUUAGUUUCAUUUUUCCACUAUUAAUAAAGGGAGAAAUUAUGCAUUCAA